AAAAGGCUUUUUAUGUCACAUUAAGAUAAUAUCAUUACAUUUUUUUAAACAUUUGUUAUGUAAUUUAUAAUGAGUUUUUUUAUAUCUUUUAAGUCUGUUAAAGUUGUGGCAAAGUGUCUGUUGAAAUGCAGUUAAAUGCCUGGCCCUGCAGCUCUAGCCACAGUGCCCUUUCCCACCUAUCUUGUUCAGACUGUUCAGUUUGAUCAGAACCAUUACAGGUGUGAAACCCACAAACAGUUGUGUAGUGGAUUUGUAGUUUGUCACAAUGUUUUUAAAACAUUAUUUUGUUUCCAUAGGCAAUUUUUUUCAUUUUCUUUUGUAAUUUGUUCUUUGAAUUAUUUCUGUUGUGUAUUGGGUUUUGUUGUGUUUACUUUCUUAGCAUUACUGAAUACCUAUGUUGCAGAAUCCGAAAUAUCUCUCUCUCUUGCUGAAGAAUUUUUGGGAAUGAAAAUGAUACAUUGGAGAGAGGACAGUGUACUGGACAGAAUGAAGCCAUAUUCCAACUUUCUCAUUGUACACAAGGUUGAAGACUGGGGAGGAUAUAAAGAAAUCCGAAUCCUUCAUCCGGCCAUUGCAUCUGCCUGUCUGGAAGAGUUAGAGAGAAGCUUCUCUUUAAAAGUGAGCGAUAUCACUAUGGAGGUUCUUCACUGUGAUCUCUUCUUCAGUGUUGGAGUUGCCAAACACAGAUUGUCAAUUCAACAAAUGGUGAUUGAAAGGCAGCGCAGCAAAGAUGAGAGAGGACUAUUUUCAUCUCUCAUAGACAAAGUCCACAGUCAGCAAGGAAGGCAAACUGUCCAAGAAAUAUUUGUGAAAGCAUCAUCCAGGUUUGAAAAAAGUGCAUCUAUUCCUCAGGCCCUGGCAAGAUAUUUGUACAUCAACGAAUGUGACUUCCCAGAGGCUCUGAAAUGGGCAGAAAAGGCCAAGAACAUCAAAGAAAACCCAUACACAUUCGACACAAUUGGGCAGGUUCACAAAAAACAAUUAAAAUCUAACAACAGAGAAAAGCAGGAAACAUCACGCAAUCCAGAAGACUUAAACACAAACAUAAAAAUAGCGCAGAAUGCCAUCAGAGCAUUUCAAAGCGCUCAAAAGCUGGUAUUCACAGAGGAUGACCCUGAGGAUAAAGCUGCUGCUGAUGAGUCGGGUGACUUUCCCAGAAAGUCAUAUAAUGUUAACGGCUGUGUGGGUGUGCUGGAAAUUGCCUUCAUAGUCUUUGAGAUAUUGUGCAGAUUGCCGUUCUUUAAGGAAAAAGAUCCAAUGAAGAAGAAGUACUUCCAGAGUUACCUGCAAAAAGUAAUCCCAAUCACCAGCGUGCAUAAGGAUGACAAUGACAUCAACAACAGAUAUGUGGAGAUCAUCAAAGAACAUGAGCAGUUUCUCCUUGGUUUGAAAACUGAAGUUAAAGAAACAUUUGAUCUUCUUGACUGUUACUUCACAUAUAUUAAAGCAAACAACUCCGAAUUUGAUUCAAAGAAUCGUUGGACCGUCAGUGGUUUUUUUAAAGACUUUGUAAAUCUUUUUUGCACUGCAACCGAUGAAAUGCGCAAAGAACGGCCAAGCAAUCCUAAUCUCAAUUUGAAAAUAGAUAUUGAAGAACGAAGAUUGAUUCUUGAAGUGAAACAUGCAGAUACAUUCACAGGGAUUCUUCAGCAUUUGGACAAGCCUGCCGAAGAGAUUGAGGAGAUCACAGAAUGCUAUGCAUUCUUGCAACAAAAACAGCAGUUUUUCAAUAAAAAACAGACAAAGGAAACUAUCAAUUACAUUAUGUCGAAGAUAGUUCUUUACCUUUUGAAACCAAAAUCUAAGCAUGUAAAGAGACUCAACUACCUCUCUGAUCUGCUUUUGAAAACUCUGACGGAUGUAGGACUUGGGUAUCCCUUCCCAGACCCAUACUAUCUGGCUUUGCUGCUGUUCUGGCCAAGUCAUACUCAGGAAAACCAAGAAAUCGUGACAUAUGUGAAAGCAAUUCGAAGAUCAUCCUACAAGAGGUUCUCAAUGCUUCGAAAUAGGAGCACAGUUGCCCACCUCUACUUAGGGAAAGAAGAGGGACUCAAUAGGCUUGUUUCCAAACCUCAACUAGAUGAGAAUUUUAAAGACAUGCGACGUGACACCUUGGCACAACUUUGGCGAAAUGGAAACAUAUUUAAAACACAGGCGAUUAUCAAACGUCUUCAUCGAGUCGUUGGAACCAUUGAGCAAGGAGAGGUGUUCGCCAAUUACAGAAAACUGAAAAUCCCUGUGCGUCCAGCUCUCAUUGCUGGUACAAGAAGUGGUUGCAGCACAGAAAAGGUUUCUUUCUACCUUGGCUUUGCUAUUGAUGGACCCCUUGCUUAUGACAUUCAGUAUGAAAACUAGGGUAAGGGACUGUAAAUAACAAAGUGCAAAUUGCACAAGUGCAGCAAAAGUGCCAAGACAAUUUUUAGGUUUGAAAUAUAGGCGUGACAGCCAGUGAAUCACUGUGAUGGAUUCCAAACACACCUCUUAAAAGCACAUGAGCAAAUUAUAAAUAAGACAGAUUGAAGGUACACUUGCCAAUCCUGUAGCUCGUGCAUGUUUUCUUUUGUAUUCACUUUAUGACAUUUAAGCUUUUAAAAACAUUUGUUGUCUAUUUUAUGAUGAGUUUUUAUUAUUUAGUUUUUGUUGUUGCUUGUUUCAGGUGUGGCAAACUGGCUCAUUUUCAUUCCUACUCUCUCUUAAGCGUAUUUAAUCUUGUACAAACAAGUGCAACACAAGCACUGAUGCAUACAUUUUACAGCAUGAAAAAUACGUGUGACAGACAGUCAUUCACUUUGCGAGACAGUUUGCAAUGUAAAGAAGCAAUCCUGUUGCUCUAAUAGCUUAUGCAUUUACUACUUUUUUUAUUACCUCUUUUAUUUUAUAUUUUAAAGUGUUAUCUUUGCUCUUACUAGUUAUCAUUACAUGUGGCAGAGACAGAUUUCACAGUCAAAAGGCUUUUUAUGUCACAUUAAGAUAAUAUCAUUACCUUUUUUUAAACAUUUGUUAUGUAAUUUAAUUAUCUUUUAAGUCUGUUAAAGUUGUGGCAAAGUGUCUGUUGAAAUGCAGAGUUAAAUGCCUGGCCCUGCAGCUCUAGCUACAGUGCUUCUUGUUCAGACUGUUCAAUUUGAUCAGAACCAUUACAGGUGUGAAACCCACAAACAGUUGUGUAGUGGAUUUUUAGUUUGUCACAAUGUUGUUAAAACAUUAUUUUGUUUCCAUAGGCAAUUUUUUUCAUUUUCUUUUGUAAUUUAUACUUUGAAUUAUUUCUGUUGUGUAUUGUGUUUGUUGUACUUUAUUUUACAUUUGUGUUGCCUCUUAGAUUUGUAGUGAUUGGUAGGUCUACCUAUUUGCUUGAACAGAGUUAAUAUGUAAUUGUUUUAAUGUAUAUUUGUAGUGAGGCACAAUCUGAAAUGUUGUCAUUGAAUUUACUUUCUUUUGUAUCCAGUCACAUUUUGGAGGACAUCUUUCUUUAUGAAGGCUUAAAGUAUCAAUGAUUUAUAUUGGUGCCACUCAAUUGGUCAAUUGGUUUGUGAUUAUAAAAAUGAUUCUGAAUGUAAUAUACUGUAAUGUCAGUAAGAACACAUGAGUAGUUGAGAAAAAUGAUAAAAACGUUGUAUUUGACGUGUUUGUGAAUAUUUACAUUGUGCCAUUAGUCAGAGCCACCCUAGUCAAAAAACUGGA